AUGCAAUUGAAUAAUCUUAAAAAACAAACCCAACAAAAACCCAAAUCCAACCUGACCCCUGCAAACGAAGAUCGGACAAAGAAUGUUGCUUCUGAUUCGGAAUUGACGACGAAGGUGGCGACGAAAGUCGCAAAAGUGACGCUUGAGCGUCUAGACGCGGAAAAGGUCUCCGCAACAGACUCGGACGGGAGUGUUACCUCUGUCCGGUCCAUGCGCUCAGCCCGGUCAAUGCGCUCAAACCGGUCUCGAUCACGCUCACGCUCCCCAGCGAAUGAGAGUCGCUUCUUUAGCAAGAGACGGCGCCUUUCGAAUGAAAGGUCACGAUCUAGGUCGCCGAAUGUUGACGAUGGUCCUAGUACAUCGGCAAUUGUGGCGCCUGCACGCAGAGGAAAAGGCCGUUCCCCCAACACGGAGGAAAACGUCGGCUAUGCAAAGGCUGUUGAAGGGGCCAAUAAGGCGAAACGUGAACAACUUCGGCUUCGCGACGAAGAAGAGGCGGAGGACUUAUGUCUGUCUUAUAAAACCCGCCAAGUAAGACUAUCGGAAAUGUCCACCGACGAGGAUGUGAACCUCGAUGAUCGCGUCCUUGUCAGCCUAGAAACCAUUGACAUGGUGGCCCAAAAGUCCAGUCAUCUUAAGGGUACCUUUCAAAAGGCCCUAAAGGACUCAGCCAAGGAAAUGAAGAAGGUCUUUGAGGAGCUUAGGACACACACGGUAUCCGACGAAACCCGGCAACUAGUAGCACAGAACAAGCGCCUUAAAGCGGAACUGGCAGAUGUCCGCUCUGAGCUCCGAAAAAUUCGCGAGGAAAUGCAACGCUUUGAAAUUUCACAUCGGAGUUCGCUUCCCAUAGAGGAGAUGAACGUGGUUCAAUCUGCGUCGUUGGGACCUCAUCCACCGGCGCCAUCCAAAAAGAAGGCUAAGUCUAACGAACCUGCGGCCCUAGACAUAGAGAGCAUUGUCCGGGCUGUUACAACUCAAGUAGGUAGCAUGAUUAAUGCUAGAUUUGAUGGUUUGGAGAAAGAAGGCAGACUAUUGCCAGCCCAAAGUCUCCGUCCACCUCUGGCAAGCGACAAGAGGAAAGAGUCGGCUUCAAACGUGAGCGUCGUCCAAAAGCCCGCGAUGCCAGUGGCCUCUGUCCCUGGCAAGAAGGGUCCACCAAACUAUACUGAAGAGCCGCAAAAGAUCAGCGGCAAGGGCAAGGGCAAGGGCAAAGGCAAGAAAAGCAUUGCCCCACAGCCCAUUGUCAGCCAGAGUACGGCAACCCUUCGGUCCCAUCCAGCGUCUCCAGGUCCCUCAACAGAGGAAGGAUGGCAAAAGGUGGGCCCCAAGGGCAAAAAGAAAAAGAAGGCGGCCAAUGCUGUUUCCAAAACACAACCGAAACAGAAACAGCAACCAAAGAAGGUACGCAAACUAGUGCCCCCGCGUUCAUCAGCGGUGGUUCUGACACUGCUCCCAGAGGCAGUUGAAAGGGGGGUGACGUAUGCGAAUGUACUUACGGAGGCCAAGAGUAGGGUCGACUUGGCUGGACUCGGCAUUUCUGCAUUGCGAAUCAAGCGCGCAAUCACUGGGGGCACCGUUCUAGAGGUCCCAGGAACCACCAGUGGUGAUAAGGCCGACCAACUGGCCAGAGCGCUUGCGGAAAAGCUGGGUCCAGAAGCUGUUCGUGUAUCAAGACCUGUCAAAUGCGCAGAGCUCCGUUUGACAGAGUUGGACGACUCAAUAUCGCCCGAGGUGGUAGUAGCUGCGAUCGCCAGCGUCGGCGAGUGCUCAACAGACCUGGUAAAGACCGGUGAGGUUCGUCGAGGUAUCAGAAGACUCGGCACUCUGUGGGUGCGCUGCCCUGUUACGGCAGCCAAGAAAGUCACUCAGGCUGGUCGCCUUGAACUCGGUUGGGGCCUCUCGGCUAAAGUUAGCCUUCUUGAAGAAAGACCCAUGAGGUGCUUCCGCUGCCUGCAGAUGGGGCAUGCUGGAGUUCAAUGCACAGCGACUGAAGACUACAGUAACCGCUGCUAUAACUGCGGUCAACCAGGACAUAAGAGGUCAGCUUGCUCUGGAUCAACUCAAUGUAUCCUGUGUCAUGCUGCGGGAAAACCUGCGGACCAUAAAAUCGGGUCCAAAGCGUGCACCAACCCUAGCCCAAAGAAUACAAAACGCGCUGGCGAUGGCCCCCAGGCCCCCUCCCAGGCUGUUAUCCCCUCCACCGGUGCGGUGGAAGAAGCUGAGAUGGACAUUGUAACGACCGACCAUUAA